CUGCUUCACUGCGACGCAGACACCGAGCCGUGCAUCGAGAUGCGCUCCUGAGCGUGAUCUUAUAGAAGCAUCACACCAGACUGCUGUUCUAUUCCGAGUAGGCUGUCGUAUCACUUCUUCUCACACAGAUCAGGGACUGUUUGCAGGGUGUUGCUUCAAUUAAUGGAGCUUAAAUACUCAAGCAUCCUUCGGAUAGCAGCCCUUAAUUGGUGCUUCGUGGACGAAUCUGGGUGCACGUGUGUGUGUGUCCUUCCCAUGAUUCCUCCCAUGCCAGCGUGUGACCCCGAUGACCCCUCGCCCCUCGAGCUCCUCCUCUGUUUGUCUGGAUGAGGACCCCGGCCUCCAGUGAUGUGAUGCACAGGUUUGAGGUUCUUGGGAUUGUGGGGGAAGGGGCUUACGGUGUCGUCCUGAAGUGCAGACACAAGGAGACGAAUGAAAUCGUGGCCAUUAAGAAGUUUAAGGACAGUGAAGAAAAUGAGGAGGUGAAGGAGACGACGCUGCGCGAGCUGAAGAUGCUGCGCUCGCUGAAGCAGGAGAACAUCGUGGAGCUGAAGGAGGCGUUUCGGCAGCGAGGGAAGCUGUUCCUGGUGUUCGAGUACGUGGAGAAGAACAUGCUGGAGCUGCUGGAGGACAUGCCCAACGGAGCUCCACCCGAGCAGGUCCGGAUCUACAUCUAUCAGCUGAUCAAAGCCAUCCACUGGUGCCACAAGAACAACAUCGUCCACCGAGAUAUCAAGCCGGAGAAUCUGCUCAUCAGCUCCGACGACGUGCUCAAACUCUGCGACUUCGGUUUUGCGCGAGAUCUCUCUGAAAGCACCGAUGUGAACUACAGCGAGUAUGUGGCGACCAGAUGGUAUCGAUCCCCGGAGCUGCUGCUGGGGGCUCCGUACGGGAAGGCAGUGGACAUGUGGUCAGUGGGGUGUAUUCUGGGCGAGCUGAGCGACGGUCAGCCUUUAUUUCCAGGCGAGAGUGAGAUUGACCAGCUCUUUACCAUCCAGAAGGUCCUGGGACCAUUGCCGCCCGAACAGAUGAAGCUCUUUUAUAACAACCCUCGCUUUCACGGGCUACGGUUUCCCUCGGUCAGCCAUCCACAGACUCUGGAGAGACGAUAUCUGGGAAUCAUUAGUCCAGUCCUGCUUGACCUCAUGAAGAACCUGUUGCUGUUGAACCCGAAUGAGCGCUAUCUGACUGAACAGAGUCUGAACCACCACGCCUUCCAGACUCAGCGCCUGACGGAGCGACCCGGCCCCCUCACACCCACACCCGCCCGCUCCUCCAAGAGGAAACCGCUCAUGGACAACAGCGCCCCCAGCAGGGGUCAUGUGGUCAAGAGUUCAAGUCACCAUCGCUCAAACAGUCGUGACUGCUCCAGUCUGCCCCGUCAUGGGCAUGAAGACCUCCACCCGUCCAGCAGCGAGGUGUUCCUGAAUGGGUCGGUACCAUCUGCCAACAGCCUGAGCCCUGUGAUGCACCCUAAAUCCUUUCAGCCGCUCAACCGCUCUGCAUCGUGCGGUAAAGACCUGGCCAGCCUGCAGCAUGCUAAAGAGGCCAAAUCUAAAGCGGGUGAUUUUGACUUCGGUAAACCGACAGACGGACCGGGAGCCAAAUACCUAAAAUCCAAUACGCCUCGCUCCCAGAACCGCCAUUCCUUUGUGGAGGGGAAGACCAGCACGUUGGCGGGGGACCGGGAGAAACAGAGCCGCCACGGUUAUGGCGAUUCCACCGCGUCAUCAUCUUCAUGUGGGAAGGGGACGUCCCCGUAUCUGAGUUUGUCCAAGAGUCACGGAGUGCUUAGUGACGCCAAAUCCGUGAGCAACCUCAGCGACAUGCGACUGCACCCAGAUGACCCCGCCGGCUCGCCACGUUACUUCCCUAGCAGCUGCUUGGACCUCAACAUGAAUCUGAACUUGCCGGCGCCAGGCAGCCCGUCCCUGCAACACGGGGAGCGUUCUGGACACAGUCCCGCAGUGGGGCGUUGCAGCAAACUGGAACGCGAUGGAAGCACGAUGGAGCCGUCCACCCGCCGCUCCUCAUCCAGGCAAAAGAGCCAGCAGCAGAGUGAUGGAAACCCUGUCGAUCCACUCGACCCCAUAGGGGGUCUGUCUCUUUCGGCGCCCCAUGAAUUCCCCUAUGGCGUGGGCUACACCAGCCCAUUUUCCUCCCAGCAGAGGCCACACAGGCACUCCAUGUAUGUGCGGAGGGAACGGGGGCGACCCCACGGAGGUGAAGCCGGCGGAUUGGCAGUGGGACAAGGGAUGCCCACUCGGGCCAGCAGUCUACAGCUCCUGACCCCUCAGCUACAGCAUCGGACCCUGCCGAGACACAUGGGCAGCGCUGUGCCACGGGACGCAGGAUUAGACGAUAUUAGGAGUGACCCCGCUGCUGCAGAGGUCAGUCACACACGACCUUUAAUCCGGGAGUCCACACGGGACAACACUGCUGCCUUUCACGGGCCACGGCAAAAAAGCGAGGGAGGCGUUUAUCAUGAGCAGCUCGCAGACGACAGCGGAUCGGCUAAAGAGAACCGCAUGAUGUACAGCGACUCGGUUCCACGACGGGUCGGGAGCUUCUACAGGGUGCCAUCUCCCAGACCCGAUAACUCAUUCCACGAGAGUUCAGGGGUCACGAUGGACAGUAGUCAUAACAUACACCAACCCACAUACGACCCGUGGACGGGGUCAGAGACGCAGGAGCCCUCCAAAGAGAAGGAGAAACAGGGCUUCUUCAGAACCAUCAAGAAGAAGAAGAAGUCACAAACCGCUCAGAGUGAGGGGCCGGAUCAGACGCGGAUGCAGAAAUCGUCUCGCUCCUACACACACCAGAGCAGCAGACAUCGCACCCGCAGCCGAGACCGAGAGCGCAGCCGCGACCGAGACCAGGAUCAGGAGCGAGAGCCAGAGCGAGAGCCAGAGCGAGAGCGAGACUGGCCCGAAGAGAGAGAGCGAGGGCAUCAUACACACUCACAGCCUCUGAAGUCUCUGCGAAAGCUUCUUCAUCUCUCCUCCUCCUCGUCCUCCAACCAAACCUCGGCAGAUCUCCACUACCCCCUGCCCUCCUCUACAGGCGGAGGGAGUUUGGUGGAGCCCCGUGGCCUUGGCUCCAUGCAGCACAAGGGCCGUUCGGCUGGAGUCCGGCUGGAGUCCGGCUGGCACUCCAGCGCUCUGGGACGUCCCGAGGGAAACCCGUAUCCUGACCAGCUGACCUCCAAAACAGGCCCCAACGGCUUCGCUCGCCAUUUUCGUUCACGUUUGCCAAACCUGAAUGACCUUAAAGAGACAGCGCUGUGAGUCAGACUCACCGGGGCCCUCAAGGGCCUGCUUUUCUUGCGUAUUAAGGGUAGGCCUAUACGUCUUAAUUUUUGCCAUUUUACUUUUUUAGUUUUUAAUACUUGAUAGCACUUCUUUUAUGUACUGUACUCUAUUGGAUAAUACAGUUUAAAAGCAGAUGACAUAGCUCUAUGUGAAUGGGAAUAUAAUAAAUGUAUGGCUUUAGUUUCUACUCUGGGUGUAGUAUAAAAAUAUUAUCUGAUUCUGCAUAGUUCCUCUUAUAUUUGGCUAAAGGUUCUAAUAAUUCAUGUGUAGAUGACAGUAUUGGCAUUUAUUUUAUAGUAAUAGAAUAAGACUAUGGUAUAUACAGUAUAGACAUUGCAACUUUGUCUUUGACUAUUUCCUGGUUAUAAUUCGGUGAAUAUCAGUAGAUCUUAAGAGUAACACUAACAUUAACGGUAAGAAUGUGUGGUUUUAUGUGCAUGUGCUUCCCAGAUAGCGCACGUAUGUUGCUUUAAAUGUGAUAUUUAUGCAUAAAUUAAUUUUAAAUUAAAAGGAUGUCAUUUUAGCAAAUAAUUCCGAUUUAGAUAGAAGUCUUCUGCUUAGGGAAGCUGCAUUUAUUUAAUUAAAAAUGCAGUAAAAACAGUGAAAUUUCUAAAUAUUUUUACAAUUUAAAAGAACUGUUUUCUGUGUGAAUCUGUGUUAAAGUGUAAAUUAUUUCUGUUAUUCACAUCUGUAUUUUCAGCAGCAUUCCUCCAGUCUUCAGUGUCACAUGAUCUUCAGAAAUCAUUAAAAUAUAUAUAUAGUUUUAUUCAGCAAGGAGAUUGUAAAAACAUUCAUAAUGUUACAAAUGUCAUCAAAGAAUCCUGAAACAAAAAAAAUUAUUGAGUACCAUUAAAUAAAUAAUAAUGACUGAUGAUUAGAAUGAUUUCUGCAGUAAUGCUGAUAAAAAUUAAGCUUUGAUAAUAGGAAUAAAUUACAUUUUACAAUAUAUUCACCUAUAUAACAGUUACUUUAAAUUGUAAAAUUAUUUACAAAUUUUUACUGCUUUUACUGUAUUUUUAAUCAAAGAAAUGCAGGCUUGGUGAGCAGAAGAGACAUUAAAAUCAUAAUUAUUCCCAACAUCUGACCCGUAGUGUACUACAGAUGAUAAAAGUCUAAACAGGACAGAAAAAAGCAUAUGUGCGCUAUCUGGGUUUCGUGUGGCUCUUUUGUUAGUCUUUACAAAUCACAAACAGUGUAAUUUCUUAAGCCUUUUAAAUGACAAGUGAAGCAAAAACAUCAAGCAAAUCUGACCAAAUCACAUGAAAUGGAGUGGCGCCACCUGCUGGCCAUUCAGAUCCUCUGCAAAAAAGUCAAGAGUAUGUGAUGCCUUUUUAUUUUUAAAGCAAGAUUACUUUGUACUAUAUCUUAUCAGUCUUUGAUUCCCUCAGGUAUAGAGUUGUUUGAACACUGCUAAUACAGUUUUACAUGCAAUAUCUGGAUAUCAGAUGUCGAAGCUCUUUAGAUGGUUUCCGUUUAGGGAGAUAGAGCCAGUGUGUGUAUACACGAGGAGGAGAAAUAAUAAGAAUAAUAAUUUAUGAAUUGUAUGCAAUAUGUAUUUUGGCAUUCGCCAGAUAACCAUCUUAAUAAAGCUGAAGGUUCCUGGAGGCGUUUUGUUUCCUCUUAGCGUUUUCAUGUUUUAAUGAUUCAUAUGUCAGUCGUGUACACAGGAUGUCAGACGCCAGGAUUUCCUGGAAAACUGAGCUCGGUUACACAUCAGAGAUAUGCGUCUCAUUUUAGUUUCAGGGAAUUAUCCUCGAAUCAUCGCGAUUAUUGAGAAUAUUGUUCACAGACUGGUCAGUUGUGUCUGAAGUUUAUUCAUCAGUCUCUGUGUGUUUCAUUUAGCAGGAAUAUUAUGACGGAUGGUGUUUUACUCUGUAAUCAUGCGCUCUUCGGCUACAGUGAUGGAGCUGAGAUACUUAUGAGCUCAUUUUAAUAAUCAUGAGACUUGUCUGUUUUUUUGUUUGUUUUUGUUUUUAAAUCCAUGAAUAAAUAAAAUUCAUACCAAAUCAAA